AUGCGGUCGCACUCGGGUUUGCCUCCCGCACUUGGGGUCACCUCUCGCACUCGCGCCCCGCCUCGCCCACCUUUGACCAACCCUGAGCCCAAGCUGCCAACGUGGUCAGCCUCUCGCCUGCCUCUCGCCCACCUUCUCACCCGCCUCCCCACGUCUCGCCGCCUUCUCGCGUCUCUCUCCCUGCAUCUCGCCCGCCUCUCCGCCUCCCCGCCUCUUGCCGCCUUCUUGCCGGUCUCCCAGCCCCUCUCCGGCCUCCAUUCAACGCUGUGCUCCCACCUCCCCGCCUCUCCCCCACCUCUCUCCCAGCCCCAAGCCCGAGCUGCCAACGCGGUCGCGCUCGGUGUUGCCUCCCUCCUUUACGCCACCUCCGCCCAGCACGAGCCAGUAACGCAGUCGUGCCCCUCCCGCUACCUGCCCGUCGCCUACCACCCCUCGCUCAGCGCCAGCACCCUCCCCACUCCCCCUAUGGCUACGGGUGGCAUAUCUAUGCUGCUUAUGUAA